CUUUCACCGCCCCUGUGAAAGGGACUUCGACUCUAAUGCUCCCUCGGCUCGUAUUCGGUUCCCGGGGACCCAUUUUACUUUACAUGCACUUUUUCUAAGUCCUGGCCCCCCUUUUAUUUUGUGUUCUGUCUCCCUUAAAUUCUGCCAGGACUACUGCAGGUUGCUCAAACAGAGCUACACUCAACUGUCAAGCCAUGCUACUACCCUCCUCACUACUACUCCUCCUCGGCCUCCUCACAUGGAGUCCCAGUGCUACAUGGGCUGCUAAAGUGAUUGUGGUCCCACCCAUCAUGUUUGAAUCCCAUCUCUACAUCUUCAAGACGCUGGCCACGGCUCUACACCAGGAGGGCCACGAGACCCAUUUUCUAGUUUCAGAGGGCCGUGAGGUCCCGCCCUCUCCUUACUACCAUUUACAGCGCUAUCCAGGGAUCUUUAACAGCACCACGGCCGACAAUUUCCUCCAAUCCAAAGUCACCAACAUCUUCUCAGGCCGCCUGACAUUUCUGGAACUGUUUGACAUUCUUGACCACUACUCUCAGAACUGUGAUGCUGUUGUGGGCAGCGUUGAAGUAAUGAAGCGCCUGAAAGAGGCCAAGUUUGACCUGCUGCUCGUGGACCCUAAUGAAAUGUGCGGUUUUGUGAUCGCUCAUAUCCUGGGCGUGAAAUAUGCUGUGUUCAGCACAGGCCUGUGGUACCCUGCAGAGGUUGGAGCUCCAGCCCCGUUAUCAUAUGUACCCGAAUUCAACUCGUUGCUGACAGACCGCAUGUCCCUGAUGCAGAGGAUCACGAACACAGCUGUUUACCUGGUGCAGCGCUUUGGAGUCCAUUACAUUGCAUUACCCAAAUAUGACCGGAUUAUGAAGAAACACGGAGUAAAGCCUCAAGUGGCCAUGGCUGACUUGGUGCAGGGCAGCCGGCUGUGGAUGCUCUGCACUGACAUGGCUCUGGAGUUCCCCAGACCCACCCUUCCACAUGUGGUGUACAUCGGAGGCAUCCUCACCAAGCCCCCCAGCCCACUGCCACAGGAUUUUGAGGCCUGGGUGAAUGACACAGCGGAGCACGGCUUUGUGGUUGUGUCCUUUGGAGCCGGCGUCAAGUACCUUUCCCAUGACAUUGCACACAAACUGGCAGGAGCCCUUGCCAGGCUGCCCCAGCGUGUCAUCUGGAGAUUUUCUGGCGUUCCACCCAGUAACCUUGGCAACAACACCAAGCUUGUUGACUGGAUGCCUCAGAAUGACUUAUUAGGCCAUGCUAACACGAGGGCCUUCCUGAGCCACGGGGGCCUGAACAGCAUCUACGAGGCAAUGUAUCAUGGGGUGCCGGUGGUCGGUGUGCCCCUGUUUGGUGACCACUAUGACACCAUGACUCGUGUGGCAGCCAAAGGUAUGGGUAUCAUGAUACACUGGAAAUACAUGACGGAGGAAGACCUCUUCGUAGCCCUGACCAGCGUCAUCAAGGACACCAGGUAUCGCCAGCAAGCACGUCUUCUCUCCAAUAUUCACAAAGAUCAACCAGGCCACCCUGUGACCAGGGCCGUUUACUGGAUCAGCUAUAUACUCCGUCACAACGGUGCCAACCACCUGCGCUCAUCUGUAUACGAGGUGUCCCCCUACCAGUAUUUCCUGCUGGAUGUGAUUUUUACUGUAGGGGCUGCCUUGGCUCUAACAGGCCUUGCCUUGCAGCGGUUGGUACGACUGCUGAGGGGGAAGGACGGGGACCACAACAGAGGAGGUAACAUCAGGGAUGAUGGUAACAUGGCCAAUGGACAUUGCCAUAGCGAGAGCUUGGCCAAUGGGAAACACAAACGCAAUGGCUCUUUGAAAAGCGAGAAGAAGAUAAAUUAAUGUUUUUAGAGGCAAAGAGAGAUGAGGAAGAAGUUGCCCGAAGGACUCAGCUCUAGGUUUGGUUCAGUGAUUUUAUGAAAGCUUGGAAAGAAUGCUGUUCUUAGGUCUGCGUCAAGAGGCAACUGCUACUCAGAGCAUGGAAGAGGCUGUAGGAGGAUACACAAUGCAUCGUGUGAGGACAGAGCAAAGCAUUGGGUGCUCAAAAUCUGUGUGUCUGUGUGAAUGUGUAUGUGUGAUGAAGCGAAUUUAACAGACUCCUAACAGCAGCUACAGCAAUACAACACUAAAUUUGAACAUCUUUGAGGAUGAAACACAGGAAAGACACAUUGUAAGAAGUUGUUUCUACAUGUGCAUCUUCGCGCCUGCAUGUUCUCUAUCGUCUUCCUGCCUUCCUGUCCAGUGGAAAGAUAACGAAGAGGGGAAAUCCUGGGCGCCAACCCCUCAUCCUCAGAACAAAACAAGAAAACAAACAGCUUUUGAAAAAUUUAGGAUUUAAUGUUUUUAACCGCAAACUCCAAGUGUCUGGUAAACUGUAAAUAGAGCAUACAUCUAUUUAUUACUGUACAAAGACAUUUUAAGGAUCUUAUUUUUAAUUUAUUUCACAUAUAAGUGGUGUGACGACAAUUAGUAGAUUUACACUCCUUAGUCUAAGCUCACAUCUGCGCAACAUUGUGUCCUUCACAUUGGCGAAAAAAACAAAACAAAGCUGAUAGCAGUAAUUAUUGUAAGCAUGCACAGGUCUGUGCUUUCUGCACUUGCAUUAUCCACAGUAUUCACUGUGGUCUUCAGACUGAUCAGUAUGAAAAUGCACUAUUUUCCCUUUUCACAUGGUAGUGCCAACUUGUGACUGCACUUCGCUGUGCAGUGUCCCCACUGUCUCCUGACUGACUUUUGUUCCGGUGGAGAAUAACUCUGCUGAACUCUGUUUGGCUUAUCCGUGUGAAAAGGUGAUUAUGUAAAAUUGAAAAGAUACAGCAAUGAUAACUACUGAGGAUACUAUGGAUAGGCAGAGCCAGAUCAGAAAUGUGCUGAAGGUCAUCCAGUCACGUGAUAAGGGAUGAGCCAGAGCAUUAUUGAUUUAUGAUUACUUGCUUUGUGAUUCCCAUAUCUUGAAUCUACACCCCUCAUCUGUUUGUUACUUGGUAAAGAAUAAUCACUUGAUUGCCAUUUUCAGUGCUACACUCGACUUUUUACAUCAUUCAUAAUUUAUUUGUUAAUUAUUUGUUAAUAAAUGUAUUAAUUCAAACUUGUGUUGCAAAUUCAAAUUUAAAUGAUACCAUUCAGGUUGGAAGUCCCACUCAGUGCUUCAUUUCUCUACGUUUGUUUGCUGUUGAAGUUCAUGUACAAACUAGGCACAUCUUGUGUAAUUACAUUAAUUCUGAGUGUGAUUGAUUCACAUUCUGGAUGUAGCCUUUUGUAAUGGUACCAUAUGUGUAUGCAGUAUGCUUGAACACCAAUGUGCGAUGUGUGAGCUUGCUUCAGUGCUUGAGUGCUUUGGAUCAUUAUACAGCAACAGACCGACUGUAUCAGUGACACAAAGCAGACGUGGUAUAUCUUAGUCCACCGGAGAGUCAUGUUAAAUAAUUACUGACUUUUUAGUUCUGUGAAGUUAAAUUGUAUGCCCAAAAAUAUGCAAAGGAUUCUGUCUGUUCUUUUCUUUCAGUAAGGCUGAAAUUGCCUUCUGUGACUUCUCUAUCAUCAUUAUUUUACUCUUGUUUCUUGGCCAGCAUUAAGCAGCCAUGUCUGUUAAUUUUACAUGCAGAUGGGUGGAUGAGGGAUUUGUGUAAGAAGAGAAAAAGAAUGCUACAGUUCCAACAAUAAAGGUGAAGCCCGUUACUUUUACAAUUAAUGUGUCAAAGUGACACUGAUCCCCACAGUGAAAUUCUCUUUUCUUAAAACCCCCGUCAGCGAGAUCAAAGUACAAGGUGAGCUGGAAGAGUAUCUGUAGAGUUUGUGGGGAUUCAGUAUCUUGCUAAUGGAUAUUUCAGAAGGGCAGGUGCUCGUCGACAUUGGACAUAAAAAUCUCAUGAACAUGAGACCUCCUGCUGGGUGAUUUAUCAAACCACUUGACAUACUGUAUUUUCUGUUCCUGUUUUUGCAGCAACGAUGAGACAGAAUUCUGACAGCAUUUUGGCUUCCUAGCAAAAAAGAUUGUUCACCAACGUAAUAAAGCCUCAUGCACAGCCAAAAACAGCAAUGUAAAUGUAAAAGACACGGAGGAAAUGUUCGUUUAACCAGGAAAAGUUUUUGAGAAUUUUAACAUCCAAAAUCUUUAUAAUAAAAAGUUUCACGAUCUUCUUGUCUCUGUGAGCUACCAAAAUGCUUGCAGUGCCCAACCCAGCCCUGCUGAAAACAGGCUCUUAUACUUGAAUCGUCAUCUUUAUCAUCAAUAAUAACAUCAGGUGCUGGGCAUGGUAGGUGGGCCUGCAGGUGCUACAUAAGCUAUGAACAGAGAAAAACGUUUGAGAAGAUUUAUCGUCUUUUUUUAAAUUUAGUUUUCAGUAUUACUAAUGUUAUAGCCCACAUAGGUAAAUGAGCAUCCUUUAAUUCUCUAAUGUUUUUGUACAUAUCCUGCAGUCUGACAUGUCUCUGUUCCUGUGAUGUUAGUAUUUCAUCAGCUUGAUCACCUUUUGUUCUGUGCUCAGUACAACAAAAGGUGCUUGUUCCUGUUGUCUACUCUGUGACUCACUCUUUCCUUCCUAGUGUUUUCUGCCAUCUUUGUAUUCCUGUCGUUUUCUUCCUCCUUCCACAUAAUUAUUAGCUGCAUCUACUGACUCUCUUCAUUUUAAUUUUAUUUUACUUUGAUUUCAAAAUGACAGUCUUCACUUUUUUCUGUCAUGUGUGUCUUUGUUGUAAAUAGAAUGUAAACAAAAUACUAAUGCUGAAUAAAAAUUGCAUAUUUUGUUUGCAGAAAA